UUUGACGAAGUAGUGCUUAAAAACAGUAGGAGAAAAGAACAGAAUCAACGGAACGGAGGUUGAAAUGGCAGCCAACAGCAGAGACAGUAGAAGAAGAAAAAUCUUGGAAAGAGGAUCCGACCGCUUAGCUUUCAUCAAGGGUCAGCUCCCUUCUCCUCCUCAACCACAAUUCAAUUACGACUCCAAAACAGAAUCUCCUCAGCCGUUGAUUUCCCACGAAACCCAUCUCUCAGAUCAAAUCACCGAUUUUACUGAUGGUGAGAAUAAGGGUAAGAAUGUUCUCUCUGGUUCUACGUUGCUAAAAGAGGAUCCUGUUUUAGAUGCUGGCCAUACUAGUGCUCACCACAAUGGAAGCAGUGAAGAGUCACCCUUGCCUCAACAGGGGACAAGCAUUGAAGACUCACGAGCUCCUGCUUCGGAAGUUAAUGGCGUAGUACAAUCUUCUAUUUUCUCAUCAACUGGUGAAAGUGAAUUUGUUUCUACUUCCAAAGAGGAGCAGCAGUUGGAACCACAGAGAUGCCAGUCUAGAUUGUUUACACCAAGUCAAAUAAGUUCUGCCAUAUCUGCAACAGAACAUAUCCGCCUUUUUUGUUCUGUAGCAGUGGCCCUUUUAGUGGUUUUGUCAUAUGUUGGGUUUCCUCUACUAGGAAGCAACAUCAUAAAGAGCAUCAUAAGCUUUAGGCCUCUAUAUCUAGUUUUGCUGACAAAUCUAACGAUUGUGCUUUCACGACUUCUAUUUGAUAAUCAAGGAGGGUUAUGAAGGGCUAUCAGAGGAGAAAAUAAUAUUCCUUCGACUGAUGCAUAUGGUUGGGCGGAGCAAGCAAGCAAGGCUUUGGAGGUAGGCUUGUUGGCGCAGAAGGUAAUCAAUGCUAUAUUCAUGGAUUGCAGUGUCUAUUCUAUUAUUGUCAUAUGUGGACUCUGCUUUGUUUAGGAUUUCAGCCAGCAGAUAUCCUUUUCACGUGUUUCAGAGUAGGGUGAUACGUUUGUUGUAGGCCCUAGUUGCUAAAUGAUGUUUGCAUAACUGGAUUAAUUUUUUUUCUUUAUACUUUCUAAGCCAUUUGAAAAUUUUGUAUCCAAAAGAACAUAUAUGGGUUUGGAAUAGAUGUCACAUUGUACUUAAGUAGGACAGUGGGCUCAUGCUUGAUGGUAGGGAGUGUAGUGUAGCUAUUAUUGUUCAUUCAGCUAAGACAGAAUAAUGGCAGAAAAUGUAUAAACCCAUUUAGCGAGUGC